AUGGACUCUCCCAACGUCGUGCAAGUAACGCUUGGAAAGUUGGUACGCGUGCAAAAUAUCGGAUCGCUCCACUGUUCGCGCGCAAUCGUGGGGGGAGUGCGCGGGCGGAGGGGGCCGGGCGGACAUGCCAAGGCAGGCGAGCGAGCAACAUAUUUACUCAUACAUCGAGGCGUAAAUCACCGCAUCUAUUUCGAGUGGGUCGGUGCGGGGCGGCGCGCGGGGACAGACGGCGAUGCCGGUCUGGCGCCAGGAUUCCCCAGCGCCCCGCCACCCGCCACGCCGUACCUAACCCACCAUGAACACCUCGUUUACGGCGCACAAUACGAACUCGUACUUUUUAUAGAGAUUAGAUGA